GGUGUUUGGCCAUCAGUUGGAUAUCUUCACUUGUCUUGCGUGAAUAGUCAAUGGCAUAGACUGGCACUGUCAUCAGUCACCAAGCUAAAGGUGGAGAACUUGUGGCUGACAGACCGCAACAGUGAUGCGAGCAAGUGGAUCAACUCGGUGAAUGGAUGGUUCGGGCGAUACCAUGGUGAACAUCAACGUUGUUUCUUGGAGAGCAUCACACUGCGUAUCGGACUGAUGCGAACCAAUGUGCCAAGCAUCAUGGACAACAUCGUGGACUAUUGCCGAUUCAUCUCGCUCAAUCUCAGUUGCAACUUCCUUGGCACGGAGGGUGCGCGAGUGAUCAUACAACGCUUGGUGAUGGAUGAAGGUCGCAACACAUUGGCUUCACUCAACCUGUCCAACAACAAGAUUGAGGACGGUGCCAUCGUCGACCUGGCCAACGCGCUAAUCACCAACACAUCGCUACACACUCUCAACUUGUCCAUGAACUACUUUAGCACGCGCGGCAUCACUGCGCUCUUUGACACGCUGGCGCAACACAAUCAAUCACUGACCGACUUAAACAUCGAAGGCAUGCCCAUCAAUGAGGCCGCAGCAAGCAUCGCCAAUGCACUGCGCUCAAAUGUCGCGUCACUCAGUCGACCCGACUGCGCACUGACGACACUCGAGAUCAACAACAACAACUUGGAGGACGAAGGUCUCUUUGAACUGUGCAAGCUCUUUCGCCACAACAGCUCGCUCACACGUCUCUCGAUGCGCAGCAACAACCUGACAUUCUGUGGUGUGAGCCACCUGUGCCACGCUCUCAGCUUUUCCAAUGUACAGCUGCGCGAGCUCGACCUGUCCAACAACCCGCUGUCUAGCAACGCCGCGCUCUACCUGGGCUACUUGUUCGACCACUGCCCCAACAAGACACUGCAGAUCUGUCGUCUGCGCUUCUGUCAGAUCGAUGGCAAUGGAUGCCAGGUGAUCUCGCAAGCGUUGCGCUCCAACACCUCGCUCACAUAUCUCGAUCUCAACGGCAACAACAUCAAGCCAGAGGGAUGUCGCGAGCUGGCCACAUUGAUCUCUGCCAACCAAACACUCAAGACAUUGAAGUUGGGCAACAACUCGAUUGGCAAUCAAGGUGCAACAUAUCUAGCCGCAUCACUCAAGGACAACAAAACAUUGACAUCACUCGAUCUUGAGAACAAUGACAUCACCAUCUGUGGCGCACAUCAGAUCAUCGAGGCACUCAAAGUCAAUGACACGCUCCACGAUAUCAAUCUCUGGGUGUGCAACGUGCCGCGUAACCUCAGGUUAUUCCUCAAGAAGUCG